UAUUCCUCCCACUGAUACCAAUGAUGGGGCACUAUUCCUCCCACUGACACCAAUGAUGGGGCACUAUUCCUCCCACUGACACCAAUGAUGGGGCACUAUUCCUCCCACCGAUACCAAUGAUGGGGCACUAUUCCUCCCACUGAUACCAAUGAUGGGGAUACAUUCCUCUCACAGACACCAACGAUGGGGCACUAUUCCUACCUUGAAUACAAAGAAUGGAGCACCAUUCCUCCUAAUGAUACCAAGAAUAGGGCACUAUUCCUUCCACUCAAACCAAUGAUGGGGCACAGUUUACUCUCAAUGACACCAAAUGACGGGGGUUGUUCUUUAAGAGAACCUAUCACGUUAUCUUUAACAGACAUUAUGAUU